ACUUGAGACAUUCGGUUCCUGGAAAGGGAGUUGUAUUUGGCGAGCGAUCACGUGGAAAAUGGGUGUUUCUGCUGGCGAUGGUUUCCCAUUUUCCCCACUGGUCUGAGGGCUCCAGGGGGUGCUCAGAUACACUUAGAACCAACCUGAACUUCUGUCAAGAGGUUGGCUUCUGAAAAGAGAUGUGAAUUGCUGCAGAGUCUGAUUGAAGGAGCUGAAUGGGGAGCUUUGGGGAAACUUGGAAUUUUUGUCUGUAGGUCCAAAUAGAUGGCAGCUGAUGGAAAAGCUUCUCACCUUUGGGUUUGGAUAAAAGGAUAGCAGAGAGUUACAAAGCCAAGCCCAGAGCAUGCCAUUUCUUGCUCCCUCCUUGCUCCGUGGGUGUCUUCUUCCCUGUACACUGCCUUAAAACUGAGCACCUAAGGCACAAACCCAAAUCAAAUUUGAGUUCCUGCUCUCUCUCUAUUUGUUUAAUGGUUGUUUCAUUCCGGCUUCUCCAAAAAAGAGGUGACUUAGAGGGUCACACGGGCACAUUCAGAAGGAAUGCUUUCUCCCUGCUGAUCUCAACUGCUCUGGGCUCAUUGCUGUGGAAAGCAGAGCCCGUACUCCCACAGCACUGUGGGCACUUAGCAAAUGCAGCAGCACCCUGAUGGCCCUGGCUGGGCCUUGCCGCGGUGUUUGUGACCUUCCCUACCAGCGGGCACCAGCUCUGCUUUUCAAGUGCUGUGCCUGUGGGAGAGGCUGGAAGUGGGGCAUGGUGCUCCGGUGCUUUGGCGAAGGAGGGCUUGGAGCAGCUGGUACCAGCUCGGCGUGCGUGGGACCCAUCUGCUGCUUCGGGUCCGUAACAGCUUUGAGAAAACACCAGUCCCUCCUGUAGGCAGCCGGUGAUUUGUACUCAGGCAUUCGUUGCUUAGAGGUGCCUCCUCAGGGAUUGCUCUGCCCAGGCAUUAGUGCUGGGUUGUUGGUUUGAGCUGGACUUGCGGUAGAUUGCCACUUACCUACUGCGCUCCAAAAACAGGUAUUUAUCAGCCCCCCUGUAGGUAUGGCUUGGGCAGCUGACGGAUCCCUUCAGCCCUACGCUGAAUGUGGGAAUAAAUACUUAGAGGAAACCCCCAGCUUGCCUUGCAUUCUGCAAUUAGCCUCGCCGUUAACAGGGCCACCAUCCUAAGGGAGGUGUUCCCAUGCUCUGUUUUAGGCCUUCUGCCUCUGUUUGCAGUGAGCGUGCAGCUGCAGUGCUGGUGGGAGUUCAUUCCCACCGCCUGAGCUGUGUGGGAUGCGCAGAACACAGUGGCUGGCUGCUCCCGUUUCACGUGGCAUCGAGCUGCCCCUCAGCACUGGAUGAAGAGCCCGUGCUUGGAUGCAGCACGCUGCUGUGCUGGGAGCAGAGAACAGCUGAUUCCUCCUGAAGGCUCCGGGGCUGUGUCUCAUGGCAGUUACCCCAGCACUGCUCGCCUCCUGUGGCUCUCGCUGCCUUGCACUGCUGGGUGCUGCUCGGAGGGCACUGUGUGGCUCUGUGCUCCCUUUGGACAAAGACAGCCCUGCUAUGGGAUGGCUGAGAGCAAGAACGAUGCGUGCAAGACUGACAUGUUGGGCACGGCCUGUUUUCAAGUGGCACUUGCAGCCCUGGGCUGUACCCAGCCUUGCUUCACGGGCUCCCCUCUGCAGCCUGGUGCUACGAGUGCCACUCCUGUGAGCUGCAUUCUGCUCAGCAACGAGGUACCAGUGUGAGAUUCACAAACACCGCAGAGACUCGGGAUUUAUUGACCUCUCGAAAGCUUUUUCGUGAGCAGUUAAUUUUUUUGCUGGCAAGAAAGGAAGGCACCUGGCGUUCGUACGGGGUAGGUGGUCAAACUUUCCCUUGUCAGAUUGAACUUUAAAACCUCUUUCAAGCCAAACAUUGCUGCUUUUUUUUUUUUUUUUUUUUUUCCUGCUCUUUGUUUAACCUUCUGCAGCGGUCAUCAGCCUUUGGCCCCAGCAUCCUGCCCCCAUCCCGCCCCGCUGCUGGAGCACAGGAGCCCAGUGUGGAGCUGCUCGGGGCUGCUCUGGGUGUGUGGGUCUCGAGCAGUGCCUGCCCUCCUGGGGAUCUGCAUUUACAUCCAGAACACGGGAGGCUGGAGGCACCAGGCUGGGUAAGAGAAACCACUCCCGCUGCUGCUUCGUUUUUAACUGAAUCCACAGCUCCAUUGCCUUUCGAAGCAAUUCAGGCUGCUACCAGACUGCUGCUGCUCUGGAUGGCUUCUGCUGGGGGCAUGGGGAGCUUGGAGCAGGCUGUCCAUCCCAGCUCCCGUGAAGGAGCAAUUUGUGCACAGCUCACUGACGGGCUGUGCUGUGCUUCAUCUUAUUUGUGGCACUGCUUCGUGCUAAGGCAAGCGCUUUGUAGGCUGGGUUGUCCUGGGUGAGCAUCAACCCCUGGCCUGGCUGCGUAGGAGCGGUGCUGGUCUGCACUGGACUGGCUUGGGGGGGGAGGGGUAGGGAAGGUUUUUCUGCCAAUCUCUAAUCAUGUUGAGCUGCUGGGCUCAGGGAGUGCUGCAGGACGCACGGCAGGUAGCAGGGCUGAGUGCAGCGGGGUGUUUGUUGCAGGAUGAACACGAAGCUGUGGGAGCACACGGGCUGUGCUGGCUGCAGCCUGGCUGUGGGGUUGGGGGUCUCCACGUUUGCACGGAGCCCUCUGGUUUUUGGCCGAAUCAGCAGCUUGUUCCUUGGUUUUCUGCGCUUCUCACGGGGGUGACUGAAGCAGGACGGCCGAGCCCUUCCCCCUUUGUGUGCUCUUCCGUGCCAGUAACCCUUCCUAGGCAGCCAUUUGCUGUAAUGCUUUUGGGCUCCCUCCAGCUGAUGCAUGGGGUGUGGGCAGUGGGAAAGGGAGGCCUGAGGAGCUGCGGGGGGAGCAGGGCAGCUCCCAGCCAGCAGCACGGCGUGCGGCCCCGCGGGUCUCCUGUUCCCCUCCUGCUGUGUGCAUGCACUGGGUAUGCUGGGGGCUGGGUUGGCCCAAGGGGCUGACAAAUCAGAUUGAAGGGGCUAAGAGUGUAAAAUCCCUCAAAACGAAUGGAAUCUAAAGCCAGGACGGGCUGUGGGAUGCUCAGCCCCAACCGCAGGGCAUCACAGUGCAGCAGCCUGGCCCCUUUCAGGCUUGGUCUUCUGUGGUGCUGCAGCUGCUCCGUGCAUCUGUCCUACACCUUCCUGCAGCAAUCUGUUUGCUUUUACCACUCGGAGUGGCCGCGUUCUGAGCAAGAAGAUCUUGUUGUGCGUGUCCUCUUGCAGGGCUCGGUGCUGCACUAACAGCGUGCGCUAGAGAGGGCCCCCAGGGCUCGGUACAGCCCCAGUGCCAAGUGAGGUAAUUUCUGCUUUCAUGGAGGAGCUGGAGCCCAGAUGAAGUCAUUGCACAAGAGCCCGGGCAGGGGGUUGUGAAAGAGCCCGGAGCUCCCUGCGUCGCCCUGCUGGGUGCUGGCAGCACCAGUGAUCAUUGAAAGGAACCUUUAAUGUCCCCACUGAUGGGUCAGCACAAGGUGACUGCAGCGGUGGGCGCGUGGGGUCUCUCCCCCUCCCUGCCCCCGGAGGAGCUGUGGGGUCAUGUGAGCAAACCCACUGGGAGUCGUGCAGAGGGAAUCUCGAGGCUGCAGUGCACAGCCCCACGUGCUGCUUAUCGGCCCGAGGGUGGCUGGUAACAUGCUGCCGGGAUGUGCGUCCGCUGCUUGAGCUUCCUGCGUCAGCAGUGAGAAUGGCACAAAGCUGAGGUGGGCCUGAAAGCACAGCUGGAAAUGGAAAGGGCAGAAGAGCUCAAGGGAAGGAAGGAAACAGAGCUGGAGAAGGAGGAUCCCCCAGGAAAAGGAGAAGGAAACCGUCCAGAGCACUGUGGGGGUGCUCCUCUGCUGAGCUUGGGGCACGGAGCGCUUCCCCAGGAGGGAGCGGGGCAGGAUCUCUACAAAGCAAAAAUGUGACUGCAGUGCAGAGCAGACUUUGGCGGCUUCCCCGCGGGGAGAUCAGAGCUUUGGUCCACGUGUUUUUGCACCAGCCUGUCAAGGCUGCUUAAAAAAAAGGCACCCGUGGCUCUAGGAAAGCACUGUUUUCAUUGUGCUGUUUCUAGGAGCAGGGUGUGCUCAGAGGUAUGCUGCCCUGCUGGGGCUGUCCCAGUCCAUCCCACUGCUGCACUACAGGAGGGCGAUGGGAGAGGGCUGUGGGCGUCCUGAUGCCCCGGUGCUGGCUGGGCUGGGGGCACUGGGGGCUCCGUGGGCAGGCAGGCACACGCUCAACUCUCUCUCUGCUUUCAGGAGAAUGCGUCUCUUUGUGGUGUGUCUCUUUGGCCUCUGGGGCCUGGCUGCCCCUAAACGCUAUGCCGUGGAAGACAUUUGCACAGCGAAGCCCCGCGACAUCCCAGUGAACCCCAUCUGCAUCUACCGCAACCCCGAGAAGAAGCCCCAGGAGGGAGAGGGGCUGGAGCCGGGGAAGGGCAGGAUCCCAGAGUUCACAAACCCCCGCGUCUGGGAGCUGUCCAGGGCCAACUCGCGCUUCGCCGUUGUCUUCUACAAGCACCUGGCCGACUCCAAGGACAACGAGAAGAACAUCUUCAUGUCGCCCCUCAGCAUUUCCACAGCCUUCGCCAUGACCAAGCUCGGGGCGUGCGGUGACACGCUGCAGCAGCUCAUGGAGGUCUUCCAGUUUGACACUAUUUCAGAAAAGACGUCUGACCAGGUCCACUUCUUCUUUGCCAAGCUCAACUGCCGUCUUUACAAGAAAGCCAACAAGUCGUCGGAGCUGAUAUCAGCCAACCGUCUCUUCGGAGAGAAAUCUUUGGUCUUCAAUGAGACUUACCAGAACAUCAGUGAAAUAGUUUAUGGAGCCAAACUCUGGCCGUUGAACUUCAAAGAGAAGCCAGAGCUUUCCAGGCAGAUCAUAAACGAGUGGGUAGCCAAUAAGACGGAGAGGCGCAUUACGGAAGUGAUCCCAGAAAAAGGUAUCGAUGAGCUCACUGUCUUGAUCCUGGUCAACACCAUCUAUUUUAAGGGGCACUGGAAGUCGCAGUUCCCAGCUCGAAACACGAGACUGGAUUCAUUUCACAAAGCCAACGGUGAGAUCUGCAAUGUCCCCACCAUGUACCAGGAGUCCAGGUUCCGCCACGCGUCCAUCCAGGAGGACAAAGUCCAGGUGCUGGAGCUGCCUUAUAAAGGGGACGACAUCACCAUGGUGCUGGUCCUGCCCAAAGCCGGCAAGCCGCUGCUGGAGGUGGAGCGGGACCUGACGUCAGACAAGCUGCAGGACUGGAUCGACUCCAUGACGGAGGUCUCCCUUACCGUCUCCCUCCCCCGCUUCCGCAUCGAGGACAGCUUCAGCGUGAAGGAGAAGCUGAGAAAAAUGGGGCUGGAAGAUCUCUUCAGUCCAGAAAACGCCAGGCUGCCAGGUAUAGUUGCAGAGGGCCGUACGGACCUGUAUGUAUCCGAGGCUUUCCACAAAGCCUUCCUUGAGGUGAACGAAGAAGGCAGUGAGGCAUCAGCAGCGACAGCUGUCGUUAUCUCUGGCCGUUCCUUCCCCAUGAACAGAAUUGUUUUUGAGGCCAACAGGCCCUUCUUGCUCUUCAUCCGGGAAGCCGCCCUCAACACCAUUAUAUUCAUGGGCAGAAUAUCUGACCCUUGCUCCUAAAGGCCGGCAGGGCCUCACCUCUCCCCUCUCUGCCCUGGGAAAGGGGCGAUAGGGCACUGCCACUCAGCCCAGGUUGUGCUGGGGCAGCUGUGUUACUGUUUGGUGCAGGCUGCAGGGAGGGGCCAUCCUUCUCCUGCUCCAGCCCUCAUUCAAAGGAAGCUGAUAUAUAUAUAUUUUUUCCUAGCACUGGUAUUCUCAUGGCAGCCAGACCCGAGUCCAGCAUCGCUGGCAUUCUUGUAUCCAACCCCUCCUCCCUCUCAGGCGUCAAACUGUAACUCUGAUCCCCCAGUACGUUAAAACCUAUAGUUCUGUGUGGAAUAAACUCAUCUCUGAAUGGA